AUGAUUCUUUUGUUUUUUCUUCUACCGUAUUUUGCUGGUGGACAGUUCACAAAGCAAAUAAAAGUUGGUUUGUUGUUCUCGAAAGAUGCACCGUCUACGAUGAGAGCCGUUGGCUAUCGGACUUCUGCUUCGGCGGUUUUGGUGGCAAGAGAUAGGAUUAGAGAGGAACAUUUGUUGGAUGAAUACGAUUUCAACUUCACUGUAAAAUUCGAUGAAUGCUCUGAAAGUCUUGCCGCUGGAAAAACUGUAGAACUCAUCAACGUCGACGAUGUCGACGUGAUAAUCGGUCCAACUUGUAACCGUGCUGGAGUAUCUACUGCCUCACUUUCAGCCUAUUACAACGUUCCAGUUUUUGAAUGGGGUCUUACCACGACAGCUGACAUUGGAAACUUCAGUAGAUAUCCUACUACAGUAACACUGUCGUUGGAUACUCACAGCAUGGCGAUUGGAGUUCGGGAAGUUUUGCAAAGAUUCGAUUGGGACGAAUUCGUAUUUGUUUAUUCAAACGAUGGAGACGAGGAAAAAUGUGCUGCGAUGAAAGAUGACAUGGAGAAGAUGUCAAUUGAAUAUGCAGAUACCACAUUAGCUUACAUGUAUCAAAUCCAAACAGUCACUAUGGAUUCGUUGAAAAGGGCUUUGAAGGAGAUUUCGAAGAGGGGGAGAAUCGUUGUCACAUGUUUUGCUGGCGGGAAAGGAUUCAAGAAGGCUUUUGUAUCCGCUACAGUACUCGCAGAAAUGUCUAACGAUGAAUAUGUUUACAUAUUCGCUGAACCCCAGUCCAGAGGCUUUUAUGUUGAUGAGGCAAAUGGUGGACUACACUACUCUUGGGAUGAUAGUGAUGGAAGUUUUGUGACUGGUCUUACUACUGACCAGAUUCGAGCAGCUUAUGGACGAGUACUGUACAUUUGUGAUAAUAUGGGAGAACCACCGACGAAAACUCCAGAGUUUUUAAAUUUCACAACCCAAGUUAUUGAAAGAAUGUCCGAGCAACCAUUCAACUGUGUACAGGAUUGUGCAAAUUCUACCUAUAAAGUUUCCGCUACCUAUGCCGGUCAAUUGUUUGAUGCGUUCUACUCCUAUGCAGUGGCUCUCAACAAGUCUCUUGCAAUGAACCCAUCAGCCACCGAUCUGAAAAAUGGUUCUUUGAUUAUGAGCAGCAUUGGUAUGACGUUUAGAGGUGUCGGUGGAUCCUCAGUAACCCUGGAUGAGACUGGAAGUCGGAUUGUUCAAGUUUACAUGUUUGCAAUGAACUCUUCUCUCCUUCCGUACAUUGCUGCAAGCCUUUUAGUGAAUGGAAACCAAGUGGAGUACACACCAUUCUACAGUAGUGAAUCCGUACUAUGGAAAGGCGGAGUCAGACCGAAGUCUCGUCCGAUAUGUGGAUUCUCUGGAAACGAGUGCCCUCCGGAUUUCGUGAAAGACUAUCUCAUCUAUACCAUAAUCGCCGCUUUGAUUGUUAUUGCAGCUUUGUUGGCGGGAUGUGCGGGGCUUCUUUAUACAAUUCACAUGAAAAAGAAAGAAAUGGAGCGUCAGGAUCUGCUAUGGCAAGUUCCGUUCAUCGAACUUCAACAGAUCCAAUCGAAAUCCAAAGCUGAAGCAAGUAUGCAUUCAUUUGCAAGUGGGCCAUCUACAUCUACAAAAAUUACGAUUGAAAGCCGUUCCGAGACCACAAAUUUCAUAUUCUACUAUUACAAGCAAGACAUCACAGCAGCCAGAAAACAUGACCUGAUUCUCAUGUUUGACACAAAUGAAAAAGCAGAAUUCAGGCAAAUGAGAAACUUUGACAAUGAUAACCUGAACAAGUUUAUUGGACUCUGCUUGGAUGGACCACAGUUGCUAUCACUAUGGAGAUUCUGUUCGAGAGGAUCACUUUCAGAUGUGAUCAGCAAAAGUUCAAUGCAAAUGGACAGCUUCUUUAUGUUCUCUCUAAUCCGCGAUAUUUCAAAUGGUUUAUCUUUCAUUCAUAACUCUUUCUUGAAGUAUCAUGGACAUUUGACAUCCCGAUGUUGUCUUAUCGAUGAUCGGUGGCAAAUUAAAAUUUCUGGUUACGGUUUAAAAGCAGUGAGAACAUUUGAGAACCCGAAGAAAGAAGAUUUGCUAUGGACGGCACCGGAACAUUUGAGGAAUGAGAGUGGAGAGAAGACAUCUGAAGGAGAUAUUUAUAGUUUUGGUAUCAUUUGUUCGGAGAUUCUCACAAGAUCGUCUGCUUUUGAUUUGGAGAACAGAAAAGAGAAACCAGAUGUUAUAAUUUAUCAAGUGAAGAAAGGAGGUCACAAUCCAAUGAGACCGUCUUUGGAGACAAGUGAGACAGUGGAGAUUAAUCCGGCAUUGUUGCAUCUAAUUCGGGACUGCUGGACAGAGAGACCAUCGGAGAGACCAUCCAUCGAGCAAGUACGCAGUCACUUGAAUGGAAUGAGAGAUGGCAGGAAAUCCAAUUUAAUGGAUCAUGUGUUCAACAUGUUGGAAACUUACGCAUCAACUCUCGAGGAAGAAGUAUCGGAUAGAACCAAAGAACUUGUUGAGGAGAAGAAGAAAUCGGAUGUUUUGUUGUACAGAAUGUUGCCAAAAAUGGUAGCAGACAAACUGAAGCUAGGACAAACUGUCGAACCUGAGACUUUCGAGCAAGUCACGAUAUUCUUUUCGGAUGUUGUUCAGUUCACCACGCUGGCUGGGAAGUGUACUCCACUACAAGUUGUUACGUUGUUGAAUGACUUGUACACGAUUUUCGAUGGUAUCAUUGAGCAGAAUGAUGUGUAUAAGGUUGAAACAAUUGGAGAUGGUUACCUAUGUGUAUCCGGAUUACCCCAUCGUAAUGGAAAUGAACAUAUCCGCCAUAUCGCUCGGAUGGCUUUAGGGUUUCUGUCGAGUCUACAAUACUUCCGAGUGCAGCAUCUACCAGCAGAAAGAAUCAAUCUGAGAAUCGGAAUCAAUUGUGGAUCCGUGGUUGCUGGUGUAGUUGGACUCACAAUGCCUCGUUAUUGUCUCUUUGGAGAUGCAGUAAAUACAGCGAGUCGGAUGGAGAGUAAUGGGAAACCUGGUCAAAUUCAUGUCACUGCUGAAGCUAACAAAAUGCUGACUCAAGUGGUCGGAGGGUUCAAAACAGAAUCUCGAGGUGAAGUAAUCAUCAAAGGGAAAGGGGUCAUGGAAACCUUCUGGUUAUUGGGAGAAGAAUCUGGAUUGAGUGUUUCAGCGCAGAGAAAGAAGACACCUGAAGAACCGCCACGUCGGCAAUCAGUGAGAAGCAUUUCUCCGAUAAUUGAGAAAAAUGUAGAAAAGGAAGUGGCGAAAGGGCUGUACACGGAGUACAAAGAUAUCAAUAAUGGGAAUGAGAUGUGA